UUGCAUGCAAAUAUCGCCGCCGCGUGCAUUCUACUCAACAAUGUUCUCACGACUUCUCAUCAUCGCUCUUUCGGGUGCGUCGGCCAUCUCUGCAGCGCCGGUGAGCGCUUUUCAAUCCACCUCAGAACCAACAAAAGUCACAGUAAUGAUAACGUCAAGUGUUGCCGCUCAGAGUCUGUCGUCUACUAUCGUUAAUAAUCUCCAGGCUCGCCAGUUGAGAUUGAGCGAACCGGUGUGGAGCGAGCCAGCGUGGACACAACCUGCAUGGUCCGACUCUGCUAUUGUGCCUGUGCCAACGGAGCUAGUCUCGACGCCUUCCACGUUUCUCGCCCAUAGCCAGGUAUUCACGCCUACACCCACAUCAACGUCCGACUGGGUAGAUACGCAUCGUCCAAAUCCUGGCGAGAGCAAGACCGGUUUGAUAACUUUUGCCAGUGUCCUGGGCGGAAUCAUAGGUUUAGCUUUUGUCUUGUUUCUUGUUACCUUAGUUCGGAGGUGUCUUCAUGGGCGCAUUCCUGCGCUACGUGCAAAGAAUGCAUCAGAUGUCGAAGCGAACGCUGGUCUUCAUCGCAACUCGCAGGCCCCAGCUCUCGAUACUCCGCCUGGAUCAGUCGGAACUUCUCGUACAGCAUCCAGCGGUGGCAUGCGCUCUAUGCCACGUCAAAGCGAAGAUGUCACUGACAUGCCACGUGUGGCUAGCCCGCUUAAUGGUUUGACGCAUGGCCCACGACGCUCACGUUCACUCUAUCAGAACAACAUCCCUCCUCAAGAAACGCAUUGGCCGUAAGAAGAGGAAGAGUAAUACAGGACAUGGACGCGCGCAAUUAAACAUCGUGGAUCAGAUGUCAAAGAGAGGCGGACGUUGUUGCAGCUGUUGUUGUAUGUCAAUAGUUCUUCGGUAGUGAAUUGAAUGCCCUAAAGGACUAUCGAUGCGUGACCAAAUUGUAGAGAGCUCCCCAGCAUACUUAUGAAGUAGCAUCUCAUACUUACAACCACCCUGUUCGAGGAGGCACAUUUGGGCAAGAACUCCAGGCGGGAGGUCGGAUUCGUUGGGAGGAAGGUGCGACAUAUUGCCUGAGCAGAAGACGAGAGACUACUGAGACGGGCUCUUGGAUGGCGC